CCGCCCGCCCGCCAGCCCGAGCGAGCGGCCCGGGACGCGGAGGGGGCCCGCGCCGCGCCGGGCGCCGCCUCUCUGGCCGCCAUGUGCUCCCAGCUCUGGUUCCUGACGGACCGGCGCAUCCGCGAGGACUACCCGCAGGUGCAGAUCCUGCGCGCCCUCCGGCAGCGCUGCUCGGAGCAGGACGUGCGCUUCCGGGCGGUGCUCAUGGACCAGAUCGCCGUCACUGUCGUCGGCGGCCACCUCGGCCUUCAGCUGAACCAAAAGGCUCUCACCACUUUCCCGGAUGUGGUGCUUGUUCGGGUGCCCACACCCUCCGUGCAGUCAGACAGUGACAUCACAGUCCUGCGACACUUGGAGAAGUUGGGCUGCCGCUUAGUCAACCGCCCACAGAGCAUUUUAAACUGCAUCAACAAAUUCUGGACAUUCCAAGAGCUGGCUGGACAUGGUGUCCCCAUGCCAGACACCUUCUCCUAUGGUGGGCAUGAAGACUUUUCAAAAAUGAUUGAUGAAGCCGAGCCCCUGGGCUACCCGGUUGUGGUGAAGAGCACGCGAGGACACCGGGGAAAAGGUGUUUUUCUUGCAAGAGAUAAACAUCACCUCUCAGACAUCUGCCAUCUGAUCCGCCAUGAUGUGCCCUACUUGUUCCAGAAGUACGUGAAGGAGUCCCAUGGAAAAGAUAUCCGAGUGGUGGUGGUAGGUGGUCGGGUGAUAGGCUCUAUGCUUCGCUGCUCCACAGAUGGACGGAUGCAGAGCAACUGCUCUCUUGGUGGUGUGGGCGUUAUGUGCCCUCUGACAGAACAAGGCAAGCAGUUGGCUAUUCAAGUGUCCAACAUCCUGGGCAUGGACUUCUGUGGCAUUGAUCUCCUCAUCAUGGAUGAUGGCUCCUUUGUGGUGUGUGAGGCAAAUGCCAAUGUUGGUUUCCUUGCCUUUGACCAGGCAUGCAACUUAGAUGUAGGCGGGAUCAUUGCAGACUACACCAUGUCCUUGCUGCCUGAUAGGCAGGCUGGGAAGAUGGCCAUCCUCCCAGGACUGUCUAGUCCCAGGGAAAAGAAAGAGCCAGAUGGCUGUGCUCCAGCUCAGGGAGUUGCAGAGAGUGUCUACACCACCAACAGCGGAUCUACCUCUAGUGAGAGUGAGCCUGAACUGGGAGAGAUCCGGGAUUCCUCAGCAAGCACAGUGGGGUCUCCUCCCCCCCUGCUGUCUGAAUCCGGCUACAACAUUAAUAACAGGAUUGCUUCAGAAUUAAAACUUAAGUGAAUUCCUGCUUUUGGGCAGCAUUUAAACCAAAUUCUACUGCUUCCCUAGUAGUUGUGAGUGAAUAAAAUCUGGACUAAAGUGAUUUCAUUUGCACAGAAACUAGAAAUCCCGUCUGGGCACUCAGCAUUCUUCCUGACAACGAUUUGAGCAAAUGGCCUAACUUUGUGGUUUUCACAAAAACUAAUAUCAAACACUCACCAAGAACAACAUCCCAACGGGUCACUUUGAGACCCAUGUCUGCCACAAGCACUGGGGAAUUACGACUGACUUGAAAGUGCUGAUUCUGUGCUGUGGCUUCUGGCUUUUAGCAGCAGAGCCCAUGAACUCAGAACGGCUCCUGGAAGUACUGUGUUCAAGAGCAACCACCCAACAGAGGCAUGUGCUGAGAGGUGGAAUGUGAUUGCAAUUAUGUGCUCUUCACUAAGUGUGUGUGCAUGUGUGUGUGAGAGAGAGAUGCUUGGAGAAUACACAGUUCAAACACUACUAGAGGAUCAAUCUCUGCUCCCCAUCAAUCACCAUCUUGGCCAUAUUUCUCUGACACUCAGGAUAUGGUGUUUUAGGGAGCUUCCUCAUGAGCAUUUUCAAUGAGGUACUUUGUAGAAAGUAAAACUGAACAUUCUUGACUCCACUGGUUAGCAAGUGUCCUGCACUGUAACUGGGACUUUCUACAAAUUGCUUUGCCACUAUGAAUUUAUAGACCCUGCUUCAACUCAUGGCAGCCCCAGCAGCCUAUUGCACCUCUGCGGCCUUUGGCCUUAGCUGGAAAUGUACUUCAGUGAGCUCUGGCCACACACUUGAUUUCUUAUACGUGCACUAGAAUUGAACACCAUGACUUUCCUUUCAGUGGACCCUCUUCUCUUGUCAUCCAGAAGCCAGUGGGUUUUUGUCACAGCUUCUAGAAGAUAAUCAGCUUCCCCAGUCCCCCACUAAAACAUUGUGUACUGCUUAGCUGUAGGAGGUUUCCCUCUAUGAGUUAAUGUGGGCCUUUUGGGUAGAUAACAGCCAUUGGAAACGCUCCAGUCUCCUUAACAUGCUAGUGUUUUCCAGGUUCCAGAGAUCAGUCCCUACCCACUUUACCAAAUUGGGGAGACUCAGAUGUCAGGAUUACUCAUUGUACAUGUGACAGGUGGGGUUGGGAGGCUGGAUAAUGUAGAUAUGACACCAAGGAGCUGAUGAUCCUUCUCUUGAGGUAAAUCAUGGAGAUGGAGUUUUCAAUUUCUGCUUAUAGGAAGUAUGACAAAAAUGAGCAAGGCUACCUUUUAACCAAAUACACUAAAACAUGUGCACUCAGUUACCAUAAUCUGAGUCAUUUCCUUGGGGGACCAUCCUCUUGAGCUAUGAUGUUGCAUGUGCCAAGAAUGCAUAGAAUUCCUCUUUGGAAUUAUCUCUGAAGCCAUGCAAGGAAAGAGGCCUGACAGCCUUAUAGCUGUCACACCUCUCCAGAGGUGGUUCCAAGCACUGUCACCCAUUUUAUGUGUUGGACUUACCUUCUAAUGCUCUUUGGCUAUUAAAAAAAAAGUCAUUGCUCAAAAAUAGAGGUCUUCUCUUAAAGGACAAACACCAACACUGAGGAAGUUUACAACUGGACAGUUUCCAAGGAGGGCUCUAGAAAUGUUCUGACUAAGGUUUACUGGAUUAAACACACGUCUUCCCAAGGUGACUAGUUUGAAGGCAACAACCCAAUGUGGGUGUAUAAAUUCCUGUAUACUUACUCUGCUAUAAAUGUAAAAUGUAUAUAAAGUCAAACUCCUACAUUUUGUCACAGCACAUUUAAAUAGAAAUUGGCUUUUAAAAUAUGGUGGCUAAAAUCAGAUCUCACCAAGUAACAGUUGUACAAGUGAGAAAUGUUCGGCGCCAUGUAAUGGAGAUGUCCACACUACAUAGUAGUAGUUUAAAUGCAGUCCAACAUAGGGUGCAUGCCACUAAAAUUAACUCUAAUAAUGUCUUGUACAGUUGAAAAUGACAAUACUUCACUUUUACAUAGGUUAAGACAUGUACCUUUAUCGCUCAGGGUGGGUCUAGUUGAAGGAUAGUUCUAAGUCUGUUCUUAACUAGAGUUGGCCAGAUGCUUUCUGCAUAAACAUCUGUACCAAGUGAUGACCUGGAAGCUGCAUUCACUCAUUCCUGCUGUUUAGUGUAAGCCCCACCUCCCUACUUUAUCUAAAAGGAUGCUAUCAGCCUUCCUUCUGAGCAGAGCAGCUAGAGGGUGCUUCCAGGUUUGUCAGAAGGGGCCCAUUUUCCAGCUGCAAGUGGCAUCUGUAGUCACUGGCAUCACUGCUUGGAACUUAGCCCUGUCUAGAAGCAGAGAAAGCCAGACCACAGCUGGAUCAUAGCCCUGCUCCAGGAUCUCCCUUACUGGCUGUGGGCCCUGUGAGCCUCAGCCAGGCAGCCGGGCCACACUUGUCAGCUGCCCACAAGGCCCGUUGGAAGGGACAUGGGGCACAGAGCCAGAUCCUGGUUCUGGCUCUCCCCUCCAAUCACUGACUGACCUUGUACAAUAGGUGGACCCCAUGACUCCAUUUCCCACUCUUUUGAUAGGGAGAUGCCUGUUACAUUUACCUCUUGGGGGUGUUUGUGGUUAAAGUGAGUUAAUGAGUAUGCAUUAUAUGGGAGGUAGUGAAGAACACCUCCCACACCUGGUUUUAUGAUGGUUGUCACUCCUCCUCUGUGGGAGUUAAGAAAGGAAGAAAAAGGACAUGAAUUCUUGGUAUAAGCACACUGAACAGUGGUAGGGGACCUGAAAAAGGAUGCAGCUUCCCAGAGGCCUUACAACCUGAAAGGAGUAAGGCUCUUGGUGUAUUCAAACAGCCUUCUGGAUGUAUUGCAUAUAAUCUGAAACUCUUGACUCUUGUAUAUCAACUAAGUCUUCCUUAUGUAACAUAAAUUGUAGUGUAUGUAUAUAAUUUUCCCAUUAUCUGGUAGUAGCAUCUUUAAACUGGUCAAAACUUGAAUGCCAAUAGCUCAGUCACUCAGAAUAUAUAUGAUUCUGCACUUGGGAAAAUGUAUUCAUGCUAUCUGUCUGAUUGAUGAUGGAUAUGGGGUUGCCAGAAUGUGGAUUUGGGACGUCAGGUCUUUAGGAUCUUAUAUGCAAUAUAAGUUGAUCAUUAGCUAUUACUGUCACAUUUGCAGACUCAGUGCCCCCAGUUAAGAAGGAAUUCCCUGACAACAGGAUGGGGAGAGGAGGCAAAGGAAGAGAAAGGCCUGGGAUAAUUUUGUGACAUUUCAGUUGGAGAAAUAAGAAACUGGGAUCAUUUGGAAUUCUACUGGGAAGGAAGAAAAAAAUGGCUCUCCAGAGGGCUGUUUUAAUGAAAGAAUUAAGAACAUGUAUUAAUUAGAAGUAGGUUGAAAUUAUUCUGUAUAGAGAAAAUGAGAUGCGAGGAUUCUCUUCCACCCUGGUGGAAGUGGGAGAGACAUGCCUCAUCCCUCCUUUAAGUCUUGAUGAAUGCUAUUCUUAGGAUCACUCUGAAUGUACAUCAGGGAAAGACUGCAGCAGUUAGCUGGGGGUUCCAGGACCACAGACCCUCCCAGCAGUUAAUGACCAAAAUACCAUGUGUAGGGAAGUCUAAAGCCACAGCUGUCUGAGGUAAGUUAAGGAGCCAUGUCAGAAAGUGAAUCUAAAGUCAGUAAUAAUUUCACUUUAUUUCAUAAUAAUUUUCAGCUUAAUAAUCUUCUCUGUACCUGGAAGGUGAGGCUCCUAUUGCCAAGCUAUGCAGAUGUUUUGGGAAGAGCUCUGACAACAGCUAACAACAGUCCCUGAAGUUAGUGUUCUUAGAUCUGCUGCUGUAGCCUUAAAGACAUCCUGGUGCAGUUUUUGACUGCCUCUGAGACUCAAGAUCAGAUCACAGCUUUAAAAUGUUUUUACCUGGAAGACCACUCAUCUCAGGAAUAUAUUGUUUUAAUUCUUUCUUGAAACUGUUAUGUUUUCAUUCCAAGUCUACUGCUAGACUCUGCAGCACUCCCUUCUAAAACUCAAACAACUGAGUACAAAAACUUUGUUCUUUCAAGCCUUUCAUUUCUUCCCCCCUGUGUGCUUCCUGAACCAACACUGGCACUGUUCUGGGCCCUCUGCUGGCACCUCAUCCCUUUUAACUUUAAGUAGUCUCACUCUGGCACAUCAUGCUCAGUGGGGCUCUGAGGCAACACCAAGAAAGUCACCUAUCAAGCCAUGUUUGAGCCGCAGGAAUAGCAGCACUUGGGAGACCAGUCCCCUGAUGUAUAGGUGGGGAUCUGAAACUCAGAGGCCAAGAUCGCCUAGCUCGUCAGCAGCAAGGCUGGGACCCAGGUGAUCUGAUUUCCUGUCCAGUGUGGUGUUUAUUCUUCCACAGUGUCUGGCACUUGCUGCCGUCUGGACCCACCCUUGGCCUAUUCGUUUCCCUACUCCUGAGCCUAUGCUCUGGAUCAACACAGUGACAAUGUGCUAGCAAUGAAGGAUUCAGUUCCUGGAUGGCUUCUAGCUGAGAGGCCCAAAGGCGUAUGUGAGAUUUCCAUGGUGCAGGCUGGGUCAUGGCCUGUGCCUUUAGACCAGCCAGGACCAUUUGGCCCCACCUCAUACCAUCAGCGAUGGGAUAUGAGGGAGAAGGCCCUGCCAAACUGACUGAAGCCUUCCCUGGCCCCAGUUUGGCCAGUGUUCCCUCACAGCAGAAUGUCUUGGAAUUCGUGGAGGCCUCUGUGGGCCUCUGCAGAAGCCAAGGGUUUGAAGGUCCCGAACUCUCACAGGCACCCCGUGGGAGAAUCCUGAUUGAUACAUACCCUCCAGUCGCCACAAGUCAGAAGUCUCCUCCCACUCCAGUUCCAGUGCAUCUCCCUUGCAGCCAGCCGCCAGGUGCAGAUUCUUCCCUGUUGUCACCCAUAGGUCAGCUGAGGACCCCCUGCCCCUUGAGAUGCAGACAAGUCAGAAAGCUGGGCCUUUGGAUCUCUGUGAUUUCUAAGGGACCUAAUUCUGGUGUCACUGCUGACUCCAGUCUUCACUACCUCAUUUCAUUGUUGUCUCAUCCCCACACUGCAUCAGCUGAGUCAAGAAGCACAGUUCUCUCCCCAAAAUUCAGAUGAGUCAGUGUGUGUGUGUAUGUGUGGGCACAUGCACACCCGUGUGCCUGUGUAUUUCAGUGAUGUGAGAAAAUGGCAUUGCAGCAGCGCAGACAUGGCACCCCCAUUCAUAAAAUGUUCUGACACAUUACAGAAGGAUCCACACCUUCCACUCCACGUGGUACCUGUCUCCUUGGGACGAACCGAAUCCAUUUAUGCUCUCUUGUACAGCAGUACAGGCAUUCCUUUCCUUAAUUUGAAUCCUGCCAACUCCCUUACCUUCAAGAUUUCACCUACCAUGGGUGGCUUAUUAAGGGCAUUGUCCUAAACAAAGGUGGCUCCCUCCUCAAGGGGAGCCCAUGACAUCUCUUCAGGUGAUAGGUUUUUCAUCCCACUACACUAGCCAGGCAUCACAACCAUCACACCACUCACUAGCUGUCAGGGUUGUCAUGCUUCAUGGAAGGCAGCAGGGACAAUGGUGCCAAUUUGAUGUAGCCCCCACCCAAAUCCUGACUCCAUAACUUACAGCUGUGUGACCUCAGGAAAGUCCCUUAAUCUUGCUAAACCUUCACUUCAUCACCUAGAAUGUGAUGAAUACAAUCUUGAACGUGAAACACUUAACCAUGGGCCUGGCUUUCAGCAGGUUCCUUUCCUCUCACUUCCUCCACUGUCAGCAGUCACAACAGCUCCCUCCCACCACGGUGGCUCAGGGCCAAGGGAUAAAAGCCAGCAGACAGCAGCUUUACAGCUGGGGAAAAGAAAAGAUGUUGGGGAGAGCUGGCGGCUGCUCAAGCAGGCUGUGGUUUAGGCUUAAUGAUUGGAAGUUCUCAUCAGUCCUUGAGACAUGAUGCUAUGGUGUAAGAUUCAGGGGUGUACUGGGCUUAGAAGAAUCAUGGAGGAAAGGCUGCCUCAGACAACUGGGAGACUGGAAAGCUGAUGAGCAGCCUGACCUUGGAUGAUUUAGCACCUGGUUUCUUUGGCUCUUCCUGUAUUAGGUCUGCUGCCUUUGCAUCAAAUGGAAAGAGGAGGUGCCAGAGACUUGAAUGAAAUCUGUCAAACAGACAAGGUGAGGGGAGUGCAGAAGGCCAGGGGCUGGGAAGGGAACUCUGAUGACCCAGCAGCACCAUCUGGACUGGGCAGGGGUGACAGCCCUGAGAUCAGAUGGAACUAGCCAACAAAGUGGCUAAAAUUCUGCCCUGGACCUGUCCUGAGUGGGACUCCCAGAAUCUCCUAUGUAGAAGGAAUGCUGCUACCCUGUAAGGGGAGAGCUGGGGCUCUCAAUCACUCUGCAGGACUAAUAAAGGUCUUUGUGAAGGCAGGACUGGGCAGGUGGCUGGUUUGUUUAGUCCCACCCUGAGGUCCCCAGAGCACCAGUGGUGUGCAGACUGUUCAAUUUUCAGGAAUUUUGUGAGCUGGUUGUUAAACACAGCCAUCAUUAAAAAUUAAAUUACAUAAACCUACAGUUAAAUAAAGUAUAUUAGAGACAUAGGUAAUAAAUACUAAAAACUUAUCACUUCCGAAUAAUUUUACUACAUUUGUAUCACAUGUGCUCUCGAGGUUAUGGACACUUACCGCGUUUGUGCAGCAGACAUGCUGUAUAACGGUGCAUGCACUACUGCACAUCUCCUGACUCCACCAUUCAGCGACAUCACGUUGGUAACUUGACAUCAGCCACGGUGGGAACAGCUACCCCACGGAGAUGAGCAGACACUACAUACCAAGUUUUCCCCCUGGAGAGCUGGUUGUGUUACGGAAAAUACUGGAAAACCUGGACUGGAUCACUGACGGAAGAACCAAGUGGCACUCGGAGGUCUUGGAGUGUUG